GGCCCUCUCCUCCCUGUCCUUGCGCUUGCGUAGCACGGCGCCUACCCGUCGCCACGGCCCGAAUCGGGAAGUGUCAAGCCGAAGCUGGGUUUCCCGGCCUCCGCCUCUACCACCGCUGACUUCGGACCCCCUAGCCAGGCCUGGGCCCAGCCGUCAUGACGAACGUGUACUCCUUGGAUGGGAUUCUGGUGUUUGGUUUGCUCUUUGUCUGCACCUGUGCCUACUUCAAGAAAGUACCUCGUCUCAAAACCUGGCUGCUAUCAGAGAAAAAGGGAGUUUGGGGUGUGUUUUACAAAGGUAAGAUUAUAUCCAGACAGGGAGAGGAGAUUGGCAUCUUUGGACAUUUAGGUGCUACAAACUGCUGUGAUUGGAACCAGACUGCACGCUGCUGUGGCAAUCGCCUGCGUUGUAAUGGCCUUUUAUGUCCUGUUUAUAAAAUGAAUUCCAAAGCAUCCAUCUCAUCAACUUUCAGCCCAGGGGACGAGGGUGAAGAGCCUGUAGGGGGCCUGGGCCCAGCGUAGGAGAAUUCAGCUAAAGUCAUCCACAUCCCCAGGAUGACACCACAGCAUCUGCCCCUACUGUAUGUGGGAAAUUUACUCACAGUACAAACAUUUAUGCUUCAGAGGACUCCAGAGCCAACUUCCUUUGGUCUGUGUGGAAAUUAAUCCUCAGCAGAGAGCGUAUAAUGUCCAGAGAAAUUACACUCCUCAGUGAUAAGAUUACACACCUCCUGCUGAAAAAGCCUGUCACCUGUUCUGUUCUUCAGCCCCUCAUCAGGAUCUUUUCAAAACUGAGGCUCAUUAGGGAAAGACAUAGACUAUGUUCAAACCUCUUGGAAGGAGAGAUGAUUUUCAAGACUUGAUUUUUUUUCUGUUUGAUUAGGAUUUGGCAUAUUGAGGGGGAGUGGGGAGUUGGGUGGGAAACAGGAUUAUACAAUGCCAAGAAAUAAUUUGGCAUUGGAGAUUUAUCUUUCAUACAUCCAUUUGGGAACAUAAGAGAGAGGCAUGGUCCUCAUUGCAAAGACAACAGAUGAAAUAGCUAUGCACUGGUAACUUGAGAGUUUUGCCAAGAGAAUCUGUGCCUAUGUAAGACUUGGGAAUUAUCUAUCUGUGAUGAGGCCAGAAAGCACAAUAUUUUGACAAGAAAAAAAUGUUUUGUUCACCAGUAUCCCCAAAAGGAGAUUUCACCCCAUUGAAUGGUAUAUGGAAAAUGAAUCCACUGUUGCUAUUUUCCUAAAGCUUUUUUUGUAUUUUCUAAAUUACUGAGUAAGAAGUAAUGUUACUCAGUUUUAAAUGUCAUCAUUAGGGGAAAGAGGAAGUACUGAAGAAAUAAUUGUUUAAUAUAUUUACAGUUAGGGUAGAAGAAAUAAACAGUAUGUUAAUUCAUAUACUAGUAAGGUCGUCUAGUAUAAGAAUUUAUUGUGAUGUUAGAUGGAAAUUUUGUUAUCCAAGAUACAAAGUUACUCUUUGUUUAAAUCUGGGUUGUUAUGGCAGUUUUUAGUUGAUUGUUUUUCUUGGCCAACUCUUAAUUAUCUUCAUUUUGCAGUACUUUUUAAGUACUCUUGGAAGUUCUAUCUAUUAUAAGAACACGAGAAAUUCGAACGAGUGUGAGAAGUUGCUGAUAUUCAUAGGCAUGUCUGGGCAGUUGAUAGAAUCCAUGAAUAAACUGAAGGUGUUUUCUAAAGAAAGGAAACAGAGGUUUGCAGUUGAGAUUGAUGGGCUUUUCCAUGGAGUAUGGUAAGUCCUGAGGAAAUCAUUUUAGAUGACUCAAUAUUUGAUGGGAAGACUUCCCCAUUUCCUCUUCUUUAUAUCUGCAGAAGGAUCAACUACUGUAUUUAUGAAGCCUUGAACUUCUCUUAUAAAAUAUAAGAGUUGGUCUAAAAUGAAAUUAUUGUAAAAAGCAUAGACAUAGAUCUACCAGUUGAAUUGUCCAUUAAAGUAAGACUUAACAGUGGACAAGUUAGCUGUGGUUGACCUCUGUGUGGCAGUAAAUUGCUUUUGUCUUACUCCAAAAAAAAACUAAAGCUGCUAGGAAGUUUAGGUUCUGAAAUAAGCAGUUCAGUGCUUUGAGGGUUUCUAGAAUUAUAGAGAGUCAUCAGGUAAACACUACAUGUCUAAUCAUCUCAGAGUUGUGGCUGUUACCUCUUCAGGAAUUGGUCCAUAGGGUAAACUUUAAUGACUCAUUUGUUUUCCAUUGUCAUUUUUGAGGAUCUCUCACAGGAGAGAAAGAAAUCUAGAACAGGAAAGAAGAGUUACACCUUGUGGGUGUCAGUUUGGGACCUGUUGGCCAAUGGGAAUGUUACUCCCUGGAAAUACAGGUUCAGCAUGUUUUGCACUUGUUUUGUAGCUUUAAUGACUUUUGUUUUCUAAUAGGGCUAAUGCCUCUAAGCUUGGUGCUUAGAGCUGCUUCAUAUUUUAAACUAGUUCCAUUUCACAGUUCUAGUUCACAACAAUUUUUACAGUCUACUGGGUGGGUCAUCUUGACCUAAACUCUUGCAUUGUUAUAUUUUGAGAUGUUUUCAUACCAGAAUGUACCAAAAAGUGCACAGAAUGAAGGUAAUUGAUAGGAAGGAACAAAUACACAGCUUAUUUCAUUUCUUGACUUUAUGUAAGCAGAUAAGCAGAAACCUGUUUAACUCAUUACUUUGGUUGAUGUGUCAUAUAUUUUUGACUGAAAAAUUGUAGGAAGUUAUUCCUUUAAGGGAGUCUUUUAGGGAUGGAAGAAUGGGGAUAGCAAUAUUGCCUCAGAUUCAUACUGGCAUCAUCAUAAACCCUGUAUGCUAGGAUGGAAUGGAGUCAGCUUUUUAUAGUUGAAAUACAAUUUUUUAUUCACCAUUGUCUGCACAAAUCCUUGAAAAUAAAAUUCCUUUCCCUA